AUGGAAGAUAUACCAAUCAUGAUUCAACAUGGCAGAGUAUGGGACAGCGGCAGUUAUGUGAAUUAUUCUAUUAACGGAGUUGUUAUCUAUUUUUGUUGCAAAUACGAUGAAUUGGUGCAGGUAAUUGCAAAGCAUAUAGGGAUUUGCAAUGGUACAAACUUGAUUGAUAUUAAGUACAAGGUUAAGGAACGGUAUACACCAAUCGAAGUGGUUAACGACAUGAGCGUUCGGCUUUACAUUGAAUUGAAAAGGAGGAACUUAGAGUUCACAGAGAUUUCGUUAUGCAUAGCGAUGAAGGAGAAGAAUACUGGGUUGUGUUCCUCAGAUGCAAAACCUAGAGGAACGUUGUGUGAUGAUUAUCUAGGAUUAGAUAUACCCGAAAUGGUAUGCGUCGAGACUAUGUUGAUGAUCGGAGAUGGAACUUAUCAAAAUGAUAUUGGUGUACUUUCUGAUGGUAUAAUAAGCGACCCUUUAAAUCAAGAAAUUGAAGAAGGACAGUUAUACCAAGACAAUGAAACACUUUAUGCUGCCAUGAACCACUAUGCAAUACGCAAGAAAUUUCAAUUCAUGGUUAAAAAGUCUUGUUCCAAGAGGUUCUGCCUUGAAUGUGUGAGCAAAAGCUGUUCGUGGUAUUUGAAAUCCUCAAGCUUGCACAAUACAGAACUCUUUAAAGUGACGAAGUUUAAUAGUGUUCACACUUGCACCGUUGAGGAUAAAUUAGCUAGGCAACGUCAUGCUACCUAUGGUAUCAUUGGAAGUAUGAUAAGUAGCAAGUAUGAUAAUCCGAAGUCAGUAUACACACCAGCAGACAUCAUGCGUGACAUGAAAAAAGAUUAUGGUUUGGACAUUACAUAUAUGAAAGCUUGGAGAUCGAAGGAGAAAGCUCUUGAAAUAAUGCGAGGGAAUCCAAGCGGAUCAUAUGAAAAGAUCCCAAGCAACAUUUAUAUGUUGUUGAAUACAAAUCCUGGAUCUGUAGCAAAGCUCCAUAAGGUUGGGAAUACAAUUAAGGGUUGGGAAUAUUGCAAGCCUAUUGUUGUAGUUGAUGGCACCUUUUUGAAAUUUGCACACCGAGGCGUUUUAAUCAUAGCAUGCACGCAGGAUGCAGAUGGCAAAAAUUUUCCUCUUGCAUAUUCAGUUGUUGAUUCGGAGAAUGAUGCCUCGUGGGAGUGGCUCUUUUCUUUGAAGGACAAUAGCCUGAGUAUUGCAAAGGCAACUUUGACUGUGUAUCCUGAAGUACCUCAUUGUGCAUGCAUAUACCAUUUGUGGAACAAUAUAAAGUCAAGGUACAAAAAGAGUAAAAAGAAUAUCAAGAACUUGUUCUUUGCGGCUGCAAGAGCAUACACUACUGAAGAACUUGAGCAACAUAUGCGUAAUAUAAAUAGUAUUGACAAGAGGGUUAAAGAAUACUUGUUUAAUGCUGGAUAUCACAGAUGGUCAAGAGCUUACUCUGAAGUUAACAGAACCAUGGUUAUGACAUCUAACAUUACCGAGUCAAUGAAUUCGGUAAAUAAGAGUGCAAGAGAACUACCUAUACUGCCUUUGUUGGAGUCAAUACAUUCGUUGGUUCGGGAUUGGAAUUACAAAAACAACAUGAAUGCAAAGGUGACUAAUACUAAGCUGGGAAAGAAAUAUGAAGAUAUCCUGUCUGAUAAUUAUUUAGAUUCUCAGAUGAUGACUGUGAAACCUUCGAACGAGCACAUACAUACAGUUUAUGAAGAAGGAAUUCGUUAUAUGGUGAAUCUGGGCAAUCGAACCUGCUCUUGCAAGAGAUUUGAAAUGGAUGAGAUACCGUGUCCUCAUGCGUUGGCGAUUGUGACGAGCAAGGGCAUGGAUCCAUAUGAAUUUUGCUCUAUUUAUUACACCAAGGGAUAUUUAAUGAAGACAUAUGAAGAAUAUGUGCACCCUAUACCCAGUGAAAGAAACUGGAAUAUUCCUACAGACAUCUUGGAAGAAUCGGUGUCUCCACCAGUAGGAAAAAUACAACCAGGAAGGCCGAAGAAAAAAAGAGGAUUGUAUGUAUGGGAACGACACGCUAAAAAGGUUUACUCAAAAGGGAACUGA